CAAAGCGUGUAGAUGAGAUAGGAAAGGUUUAGAAACGUGAAAAGCGGGAAUUGUUUACAGAAUGACACGAGGAAACACUGAAUUAGGAGACAUAACUCCUCACAACAUUAAGCAACUGAAACUCCUUAACCAGGUUGUCUUUCCUGUCACAUACAAUGACAAAUUCUAUAAAGAUGUUCUAGAGGUGGGAGAAUUAGCAAAAUUAGCGUAUUUCAAUGACAUUGUGGUCGGGGCUGUGUGUUGCCGAGUGGAUAACUCAGACCAACAGAGACGCCUGUACAUCAUGACACUGGGCUGUCUGGCUCCAUACAGAAGACUAGGCAUUGGUACUACAAUGGUGGAACACGUCUUGAAGAUUUGUGAAGAAGAUAAUAAUUUUGAUAAUGUGUUUUUGUAAGUGUUACUUUGAUUUUCCUGUAUAAAUAUUGAGGAUAAAUUUUCU